AUUUUUUUUUUCAUUUUUUAUAAUUUUCUUUUUAUAAGGAACCUUCCUGGUUCCUCCCUUGAAUUUAAGCCUUUUGGAGCAAAGUGCUAUGCAUCUACCAUUUUUUUUUUUUUUCAUUACCACCCUUUUGGAGCCUUUAACUUUUGAAGCUCUAUCUAUUAAUAUAUAAUUAUUAUGGAUUCAUAUAAACAAAUAUGGGGUGGUGGAGCUGAAGGAUGUAGCAGUAGUGAAUCUGGUUGGACUAUGUAUAUUGAAUCUCCAAUGCAAGAAGAUGAGGAUUAUGAUGUUGGGUGCAGCAAUGUUGAGAAUGUUUAUGAUCAUCAUAAUCAUGAUUAUGUUAGUAAUAGUAAUAAUAAAAAUAAUAAUAAUAGGAGAAAAGGAAAGAAAGUUGAUGAAGAAGAGAGUGAUGAUUCAAUGGCUUCAGAUGCUUCCUCUGGUCCAAUUCAUUACAACAACAACAACAACACAUUUUCCAAGAAAGAUAAACAUCAAGAUCAUCAUCAUCAUCACCAUGGAAGCAAGAAGAAGAAUUCAAGCAAACAAGAGAAGAAACGUGUUGACAACAACAGAAGUAAAAAAUGAGUAUUCUUAUUCUAUUCUAUUCUUUUUUAUUAUUAUUAUUAUUAAUUUUUUUUUCUUUGUAUAUGAUGCUGGGAUUUUAUUGAACCAUGCAUCCUCAAAAUUUGAAUUUGUUUGUAUGGAAAAGAAGA